AUGUGCCACAACAUUGAGCCGACCUGUCACAGUACCACAUUCACAGAUCCCACAGCUGGAUUCCUUUAUCACUUGAUGCGAGUCAUCACUAAGAUUGGGUUCAUUCAAUCUAAGGCUGACUAUUCUUUGUUUGUUAAGAAAGCAUGCACUUCAUUUACUGUUAUGUUGGUGUACGUUGAUGACAUGGUUAUUGCAGGUGAUAAUGCUUCGGAAAUACAGCAAUUGAAGGAUUAUCUAGCACAAAAUUUCAAGCUCAAGGACAUUGGUCCAUUGAAGUAUUUUUUAGGCAUCGAAGUGGCACGAUCAUCUCAAGGCAUUUCCAUUUGUCAAAGGAAAUAUGCCUUAGAAAUCUUACAGGAUUGCGGACUUCUUGCUGCAAAACCCGUUGGUUUUCCUAUGGAGCAGAAUUUAAAACUAACUGCAGAGGACGGGAUUGAUCUUGCUGAUCCUACAAAAUAUAGAAGACUCAUUGGGCGGUUACUUUACUUAACCAUCACUCGUCCGGACAUUUCAUAUUCAGUUCAAGUGCUUAGCCAAUUUUUAAGCAAACCAAAGGACACCCAUUGGAAGGCAGCCUUGCGGACAGCAAGAUAUUUGAAGGGCUCACCAUCACAGGGUCUAUUCUAUCCAACUUCAAGCUCAUUCCAAUUAUCAGCAUUUUGCGAUGCGGACUGGGGUGCUUGUUCGAUAACAAGAAGGCCCAUUACUGGGUUUUGUGUUUUUCUUCGGAAUGCUUUAAUUUCAUGGAAAUCCAAGAAACAGCGGACAGUCUCUCGCUCAUCUGCCGAAGCAAAAUAUCGGUCGAUGGCAUCCACAACGUGCGAACUGGUAUGGUUUCGAAGUUUGUUGUGUGAUCUUGGAGUUGAUUUAGUUAAACCAGUUCAGCUCUUUUGUGAUAAUCAGGCCGCGAUUUAUAUUGCCUCAAAUCCGGUUUAUCAUGAACGUACAAAACAUAUUGAAAUCGAUUGUCAUAUUGUAAGAGAGAAGCUGCAGGAAGGUUUAUUGAGACCAUCACAUAUUCCAUCUAAGAUGCAAGUGGCAGAUAUCCUCACCAAGGCAAUUGGUUCACAACAGUUUCAUUUUCUUCUAAGCAAGAUGGGGAUUCAUAGCAUCACAUCCCCAUCUUGA